CGGCCGGUCGGGGGCGGUGGAAGAGCCAGUGAGGGGAGCGCGACGGCGGCGGCGACAGAGCGCUUGCUGGACUGCCAGGAGGAAAGCGAGGCCCGAGCCUCUGCGUCUAGUAUAACAGAGUACCUAAGUGCUGAGGUGCUGAGGCGACUUGGAGCAGAGAAGUAAUCUGAGUGGUGUGGAGUUAAUCAGGGAAAGUUUCCUGGAAGAGUGCCCCACCUCCAUUUGUGGAUGUACAGAGCAACCUCACACUCAGCCCUACUUCGCUUUUGUCCUUAGCACCCAUGCUGGAUGUUCUCAGCAGAUCUGGAUACGAAGCCUGGGAGCCAAAGUUUAUACAGGAAGAUCAGAAUGGUUUCAAUCCCAGAAUACUAUGAAGGCAAGAAUGUCCUCCUCACUGGAGCUACUGGUUUCCUAGGGAAGGUACUUCUGGAAAAGUUGCUGAGGUCUUGUCCUAAGGUGAAUUCAGUGUAUGUUUUGGUGAGGCAGAAAGCUGGACAGACAUCCCAGGAGCGAGUAGAAGAAGUCAUUAGUGGCAAGCUCUUUGACAGAUUGAGAGAUGAAAAUCCAGAUUUUAGGGAGAAAAUUAUAGCAGUCAACAGUGAACUCACCCAACCUAAACUGGCUCUUAGUGAAGAAGAUAAAGAGAUCAUCAUAGAGUCUACCAAUAUUAUAUUCCACUGUGCAGCUACAGUAAGGUUUAAUGAAAAUUUGAGAGAUGCUGUUCAGUUAAAUGUGAUUGCUACACGACAGCUUAUUCUGCUUGCACAACAGAUGAAGAAUCUGGAAGUGUUCAUGCAUGUAUCAACGGCAUAUGCCUACUGCAAUCGAAAGCAUAUUGAUGAAGUAGUCUAUCCACCCCCUGUGGAUCCCAAGAAGCUGAUUGAUUCUUUAGAGUGGAUGGAUGAUGGCCUAGUAAAUGAUAUCACACCAAAAUUGAUAGGAGACAGACCUAAUACAUACAUAUACACAAAAGCAUUGGCAGAAUAUGUUGUACAACAAGAAGGAGCAAAGCUAAAUGUGGCGAUUGUAAGGCCAUCAAUUGUUGGUGCCAGUUGGAAAGAACCUUUUCCAGGAUGGAUUGAUAACUUUAAUGGACCAAGUGGUCUCUUUAUUGCGGCAGGGAAAGGAAUUCUUCGAACAAUGCGUGCCUCCAACAAUGCCCUUGCAGAUCUUGUUCCUGUAGAUGUAGUUGUCAACAUGAGUCUUGCGGCAGCCUGGUAUUCCGGAGUUAAUAGACCAAGAAACAUCAUGGUGUAUAAUUGUACAACAGGCAGCACUAAUCCUUUCCACUGGGGUGAAGUUGAAUACCAUGUAAUUUCCACUUUCAAGAGGAAUCCUCUCGAACAGGCCUUCAGACGGCCCAAUGUAAAUCUAACCUCCAAUCACCUUUUAUAUCAUUACUGGAUUGCUGUAAGCCAUAAGGCCCCAGCAUUCCUGUAUGAUAUCUACCUCAGGAUGACUGGAAGAAGCCCAAGGAUGAUGAAGACAAUAACUCGUCUUCACAAAGCUAUGGUGUUUCUUGAAUAUUUCACAAGUAAUUCUUGGGUUUGGAAUACUGACAAUGUCAAUAUGUUAAUGAAUCAACUAAACCCGGAAGAUAAAAAGACUUUUAAUAUCGAUGUACGACAGUUACAUUGGGCAGAAUAUAUAGAGAACUACUGUAUGGGAACUAAGAAAUAUGUAUUGAAUGAAGAAAUGUCUGGCCUCCCUGCAGCUAGAAAACAUCUGAACAAGUUGAGGAACAUACGUUACGGUUUCAAUACUAUCCUCGUGAUCCUGAUUUGGCGCAUUUUUAUCGCAAGAUCGCAAAUGGCAAGAAACAUCUGGUACUUUGUGGUUAGUCUGUGUUACAAGUUUCUGUCUUACUUCCGAGCAUCCAGCACUAUGAGAUACUGAAGACAAGAAUUUAGCAUUAGAACAUCUAUGCAUAUGGUGGUCUAAAUGCACAAAAUGUAAAAUGUACUUAAGUCAUUUCAUCUUUUGUCAAGACAUUAAACCAUCUUAAAUCAGAGUGUGGAGUAAAUUAUGGUACAUUUUCUGUAACAUUUUAACGUAUGCUCAUAAAAACCUAGUGAAUACACUGUGGUAUGCCAGCUCAAAUCUGUAAUAGCCACCAAAACCAUGACUUAACAUUUUGAUCCCUGGGGAAAAGGGGUUGGGUGAGGGUAGGAGUGGGGAAAUAGGAACACUGACCAGUAUAACUGUGCAAUUCUGGAACAUAUUAAUUAAAAUAUGCCUUAACAUACAGUGAUUUUCUAAUUAUAAUAUUUAGUGCAGUGGAAAGCAUUUAUUUGGACAGGAAUACUAGCUAAGUGGUAGAUAUUUGAUUCUUCAGUGUUUGAUUUUUUUCAUCAGUUCAAGUGGGUUUUAGUUUUGUUAAAAUUACAGCCAAACUAUUUUCACCUCAUCCUGUAAGUUAUUGAGUGGUCUCAGAUAUGAGAGACACGUUCUCAUUUUUCUUUCUCUGAUUAGAGGUCUGAUGCAUAUCAUUUUUCUAUAAGCAGUCAGUUGCUUUCAUAAUCAGAAGGCUAUAUAUUAUUAUAGAGGCCCUACUGGAUCUAAAUGAGUUUGAGAAUCCAUGUCAACGUAUGCUUUUGUGUUUUUAGAAGGAAAAUGAAAAUUCAGUAAGACCGUUAGUAUCAAAAAGAAUAGGAAUACAUUUUUCUUGACCACAUUAUGACCAAAUGAAAAUCAGUUCUGUGACAUUUUGUUCAUAUUUUGAAGCUGGAUGAUUACUUGAGACUUUGACAAGCAGGUGUGGGUGCAGGGAGGAAUUCACCAUACUUGUGCUCUCUGCCCUUUAUAAAUUUUAUUAAUAGGACUUUAAAAGGCUUAUACUGUCUUUCCAAUGAAAACUAAAAGUACAUUACUAUGGAAGAAUGUAUUUGCAGGUAGUCAUAGCAUUAAGCAAAUGUUCUCAUAUGUGUGUAAACAUACUAAUUUUUGACGUUGAGAGCUGAAUUUCUUCCAGAAAAACAAAAUAAUACAUAAAUUAAUGUGUAUAAAAUUAAAGAACUUUAUUUACAUACCA